GGCACGGUUCUAACUAAAGUUGCUCAACUCGAUACAUGGUUACUUUUCUUUGGUACAAUCUCGGUCGAGGGUCCAUCCGGCUGAGCCAAAACUAGAAAACACUGCAGAACACUGAUUAGCCUGAAAGACUAGUCACUUGCGCGACACGGGACAUCCUACACAAAAUAACCAAGCUACCCUAAUGGUGUGUCCGAACAAUGAAAUCAAGAUGAUGUGAAGAGUCUUAAGGGGUUUGGAAAGAACAUGUCCCGCCUGCCAGUUAUUUCUAACAAGAGGGUCCUUACAACCAGCUCCAGCAGCUCAGAGAAUGGACAAGACUUAGGACCUGCUCAGAAAAAGAUUCGCAAGGACCCCGAGCCUGUCAAACCACAUGCAGCAGCUACAAUCAUUGGCGGCAGGCGGCCUCCUGUUGCAGCAACCAGGGCACCUAUUUCUAGGCCAGUCAAAGGUAUGGGAGCUGCCACUGUGGCUGCUGCUCCUUCCAGAGGCGUCCUGAAACAAUCCAUAGCUUCAACUGCACCAAAGGGAGGAAACAUGAAACUAACUGCUGCACCCACUGCCACAAAAGGAGGCGGUGGCGGUGGCGGGGGUGGGGCAACAAAGCGGCAUGCAUGGGACCUGAAGGGCAAGGUCAGCGACAUGGAGAGUAAGGUCCGUAACUACCAGACCAAGUUCCAAUCAGUCAACCAGGAGAAUGAGGUUCUGAAAGGCACGAUGGUUGAUAUGAAGAAAAGUCUUCAGAGGCAGAAGAUCCAGAUCAGUGAGUAUGAGGAGGAACUGCAGGCAUUGUCAGGAGUCCGGGAUGAGUUGGAGAAAGUGUCCAGUGAGAAGAGCGGUAUUGAAAGGGAGUUCUCCAACUUGGAUGGAAAAUACAAGGUCAUGGAGACACUCCGAGACAGCCAGGAGACAGAGCUGCAAACUCUCAAGAUGAAGCUUUCAGUCCAAGAGUCGACUCUGGCCCGCCAGCAGGUGACUCUCAGAGACACAGAUGAAGAAGUCCGCUCUCUCAGGGACACUGUGGUCCAACAGAAGGACGAGCUUCAUGCCGGGGAGAUGGAGCGCAGACAGCUCCACAAUGCCAUCCAGGAGCUCAAGGGCAACAUCAGGGUCUUUUGCCGAGUGCGCCCACUGGUGGAGGGAGGCCUCAGCAAGCACAUUCAGCUGCCGACCAGUGACACCAAGGCAAUAACACUGGCCAAAACAGAGGAGUCUCACACAGGCAAAACUGCUGACACCCAGAAAAAUUACAACUUCAAUUUUGACCGUGUUUUUGGCCCCCAGGCUUCGCAACAGGAGGUCUUUGAAGAGAUCUCGCUGCUGGUGCAGUCUGCAUUGGAUGGCUACAACGUCUGCUGCUUUGCCUAUGGCCAGACGGGAAGCGGAAAGACGUUCACCAUGGAGGGAGCCGAGUUUGAUGAGUCCAGAGGUGUAAUUCCCAGAGCAGUGAAGCAAAUCUUCAGAGCAGCAGAGAAACUUGGAGCACAAGGCUGGGAGUUCACCUUCACAGCGAGUUUUGUGGAAAUCUACAAUGAGAGUCUUCGAGACCUCCUGUACACCGGAAAGGCCAGCAAGAGGCCCGAGCACGAGAUUCGAAAGUCGACAAGCAACGAGGUUACAAUCACCAACCUCACGUACGAGAAGGUCUCCAACGAGGAUCAGGUUCUCGGUCUGAUUAUGUUGGCCAAUCAGAAUCGCUCCACAGCCCAGACAACCCAAAAUGACCGCUCCUCUCGCUCCCAUUCGGUCUUCCAGCUGGAUAUCGAGGGAGUGAAUGUUGGCAGGGAUGUCAAAUGCAAGUCCACCCUGUGCCUGGUGGACUUGGCUGGCAGUGAGCGCUUGCUGAAGAGCCAGUCUCAGGGCGAGCGCUUCAAAGAAAUGACGGCCAUCAACGGCUCGCUGUCCAACCUGGGCAUCGUCAUCACGGCGCUGGCCAACAAGGAGAGCUACGUUCCAUACAGGAACUCCAAGCUGACCUACCUUCUGCAGAGCUGCUUGGGAGGAAACAGCAAAACGCUGAUGUUUGUGAACAUCGCCCCAGAGUCUGAUAGCUUUGGGGAAACCCUCAACUCCUUGAGGUUUGCCAGCAAGGUGAACGACUGCGUAAUUGGGACUGCAAGUGCCAACAGGAAGUAGAGCGAAGCGCUUUUAAAAAAAACUAAACUCGGUUCUUAUUAUUUUUAGCAUUCUGUUCACAACGUGAAAUGUUCAGUAUGCUUGUUUGCCAUGCCUUCGACUUACACGUUGUGCUGAUCAGAAGGAACCAAAAGCUGAAUCAUUUUGUAUAUUCUCAGGGCUUUGAUUAGUGAUCACUAAUACGGCCUUUUAAACAUUGUUAUGCUUCUGUGUAAAUCAAGUGGAUGUGUACAUACGCAUGUUUUUAGUUAGAGUUUCCGACUUUUGAAAAAUCCGCAUAUACAGCUGUCAAGGGUUCUUGACUGAGGGGGUUAUUAGUUGAGACAUUUAACUCCAUUGGACAAAAACGGACACAUAUUAUUCUUUUAUUUUCAAUUCAAAGAUGGUGUUUUUUGUAUAACUUGCACAUGCAUUUAUGUGUAGUCAAACUGAUACUGUCAUUUUUGUUUUUAUUUCUUGUCUUUGUUUGGUUGUUUUCUAUCUACUUACAUACAUGAUAUAAUGAUUAUAAUAAAGACCGUCAGUAGAUGGGCUACCUAUGUU